UUUCAGCAGACGUACAGAAUCAAGUAGAAGAUGGCUGUCCUGUUGGUAACUUUCCUUGCUGCUCUUCUGUGUCCCUCCGUCCACAGCGGGGACUCUUCAGUGGCAUGGUGCUAUCACAAGCCAACAUGCAACUUUACCACCUGGCCCAAAAUUGCUCCACAUUCCUGCAGUGGAUCCAGGCAAUCCCCCAUUGAUAUCAAGACUAAAAGUGUUCAGGAAAAUCCUAAACUGACCUUAUUCAGCUUCACUGGUUUUGAUGACAACUCCACCUUCAUGUCAAUCAUUAACUCAGGCGACUCUGUGGUGGUCUACGUGGAUGAUGAUAAAAUGAGCGUGCAAGGAGGUGAUCUUCCAGGUCUGUACAACACUAAACAAUUCCAUCUCCACUGGGGAAAAGGCAGCUCCUCGCCUGGAUCUGAACACACUGUGGAUGGGAAACAAUACCCAAUGGAGCUGCACAUUGUGAAUGUCCAUUCAAAAUACAAUGGGAGUUUGGCAGCUGCUCUAGCUGCUGAUGACAGCACAGGAUUGGCUGUUCUUGGUUUCUUAAUUGAGGGAACCAAUGAACAAAACAAAACAAAAAGUUGGGAUAUCCUAACAUCCUUUUUGAAACAGAUCUCUACUUCAGGUCAAACAACAUCGGACAUCAUGAAUAAAAUCACAAUGGACAGUCUGCUUGAAGGGGUGGACAGGAGUAAAUAUUACCGGUACCAAGGCUCUCUUACCACACCCAACUGCAAUGAAGUUGUGAUUUGGACUGUGUUCAAAGAUUCCAUCAAAGUCAGUCAGGACUUGAUCAACCGCUUCAACACAACUACCUUUUUCAAAUCAAGCGUUCCAGUUCUAAUGACCAACAACUUCAGAGGAGUUCAGCCCUUGAAUGGCAGAGUUGUGAUGUCACAGCGCUCCACAGCACCUUUAUCUGCGGCCACAUCCAUUAUAUCUAUCAUCACAGUUCUUCUCUUGUCAUGUUUGUGUUGGCUGUAAAAAUACAGUUGUGUUUUUCUGCAAACCAAUAUGAGUUUAGUUUAAUUGAUUGCUAUUGUACAUCGUGUCAGCUUUAUUGAUCAUGUUUGAUAAUGGUUGAUGUUUUCUGUAAUAUUUUAAGUUUGUCACUUCUUAUCUUUAUGAAACUUGACUGUUUGUACUUCUACCCAUUUUAUUUUUAUGCUGCAUAUAGUGCAGUAAAAGAUCUGUUGUUGACUCUUAAUUUAACAUUGAUAAUGUAUUUAAUAACGUAACCCUAACUGCAUUUUAUUACUGUUCUGCUAUUUUUAAAGGGUUUUUAGAAACAUUAGGCUAUGGGUGUAAACGAUUCGCUAUUUGUAUUUGUUGUAUUUAUUCAUGAUGAGUAGCCUUUUUUUCGAUUAUUCGAUCUUUAUUGAAUCCAUGGAUUAUCCCACUUGUUCCUGGUAAUUUGCCAGGAUUGACAGCUGUUAUUUGCAGGGCAAAAUUUGACUGGAAGGAAAAAAAUGUUAGUUAUUUUAGUCAGUUAGGCUUGUUGUGAGGUUCAAGCAUUUUUUCCACUUUGAAUCAGACACAGACAUAAAGAAGUGCAUAAGAUUACAUUUCUGUGAAUUAAUAAAUUAUAGCAAGUGA